GUGACAACAGUAGGACACGCCCAUCGCAUCCGGAAGUACUGCGGGCUUGAGCAUUUGUUUUGCUGUCACGAUAGCAAGUUAAAGCGUUGUGUGUUCACACCUUAUUUAGAGUAACUAAGUUUGUAAGCUCUUUGAAAUCAAUAUUGUUCAGUCUUGACUCGGAGUUAGAGGUCGGGAAGUUCACGUAACAGGAACAACUCAAGAAAGAAACGCAAAUUCUCGGAGGAACAGCUGCCUAUAAAGAAGAACAGGUUAAAAUGAUUUGCCAUAUACCCAGUUAAACGUCUUUAAACGUCAAUCAUGGAUUGUACAGCUCUUGAGCUCGAUGCUGUUAAAUUUGCCAAAUCAGCUGUACUGCAUGAUCAGCAGGGGAAAUACAAUGAAGCUGUUUUCUACUACAAGGAGGCUGCCCAGGCUCUCAUCUAUGCAGGAAUGGCUGGAUCCAAACUAGAGAACAUUCAAGACAAGGUGAACGAGUACCUGGACAGAGUACAGACUCUACUCAGUGCCGUUCAAGCACAGAGCAGUGACCCUCUGAAGAGUAAGCACCAGUUGGAUCUGGAGAGGGCGUACUUUCUGGUGACACAGGCUUUUGAAGAGGAUGAGAAGGAAAACACAGAUGAGGCCAUUGAGCUCUACACUCAGGCAGUGGAGUUGUGCAUUCAAGCGUCCAAUGAGACGUCAGAUCAAGCACUACAGGGGAAACUGAAGCAGCUUGCUCGGCAGGCUCUGGACAGGGCAGAGGGACUGAAAGACUCUCUUAGUAAACCAGCAAACCAGGACAAGCCCGUCUCCUCUGCAUCCAAAGGCCCUGCUCAGGUGAGGCAGUUCUUCCCGCUAGGCCAAGACUUCUCCCUCCACGACAAAUCUCAGCCGGUCCGAGCAGUGCAGUCCAGUGAGCCGCAGGGUCAGCGUUACACAGCGGAGGAGAUAGAGGUGCUCAGAAAGACCUCCAAGAUAAAUGGAAUUGAAUAUGUUCCAUUCAUGAGUGUUGACCUGAGGGAACGUUUUGCAUUUCCUGUUCCGUUCUCGGACAAACGUGGGAAACUGGCACUGUCACCGAAGCAAAAAGCCAUAUUCUCACGCUGGGUUCGGCCAGAUGACAUCUGCAAUAACCCCACCAUGAUCUUCACUGUGUCCAGCUUCAGCAUCAAGCAGACGGUUGUGUCAGACUGUUCCUUUGUUGCCUCAUUGGCCAUCAGUGCAGCAUAUGAGAGACGCUACAGCAAAAAGUUGAUCACAAGCAUCAUCUACCCACAGAACAGGAAGGGAGAGCCAGAGUAUAACCCCUGUGGGAAGUACAUGGUGAAGCUGCACAUUAAUGGUGUCCCGAGAAAGGUGAUCAUUGAUGAUUUCCUACCCGUGGACCGCAAUGGCGAGCUGCUUUGCUCCUAUUCCAGUAAUCGCAACGAACUUUGGGUGUCGCUCAUCGAGAAGGCUUACAUGAAGGUCAUGGGAGGAUAUGAUUUCCCAGGCUCCAACUCUAAUAUCGAUUUGCACGCUCUCACUGGCUGGAUCCCAGAGCGUAUUGCUAUGCACUCAGACAAUCAGUCCUUUAACAAAGAUGACACUUUCCGCAUGCUUUUCCAGAGGUUUCACAGAGGAGAUGUUCUCAUCACCACAGCAACAGGGGUCAUGACUGAAGAGGAGGGGGAGAGGUGGGGUUUAGUUCCCACACAUGCUUACGCUGUCCUAGACAUCAGGGAAUACAAGGGUAAACGCUUCCUCCAGCUGAAGAACCCUUGGAGCCAUCUCAGGUGGAAAGGCCGCUAUAGCGAACGUGAUGAAAAGAACUGGACACCAGAUCUUCUCAAAUACCUAAAUUUUGACCCCAAAACUGCACAGAAGUUUGACAAUGGGGUGUUUUGGAUCAUCUGGGAAGACUUGUGCCAGUAUUACGAUGUCAUCUACUUGAGCUGGAAUCCAGCACUGUUCAAAGAAUCCUCUUGUAUACAUAGUAGCUGGGAUGGCAAACAGGGACCUGUGAAGGACGUCUACAGUUUGGCCAAUAACCCUCAGUACAAGCUGGAGGUGCAGUGUCCUCAAGGGGGCGCUGCAGUAUGGGUGCUGCUCACCAGACACAUCACUGACAAGGAUGACUUUGCUCAAAAUCGGGAGUUUAUUACUUUAGUAGUUUACAAGACCGAUGGAAAGAAAGUCUAUUAUCCAGCUGAACCUCCUCCCUACAUUGAUGGCAUCAGGAUCAAUAGCCCUCACUACUUAACUAAGAUCAAACUAACUAGUCCUGGAACUCACACCUUUACACUGGUGGUCUCUCAGUAUGAGAAACAAAACACCAUCAACUACACGCUAAGGGUGUACUCGGUGUGCAAGUUUAAUUUCUCCAAAAUCCCAACACCCUUCACCCACACCAAAAGAAUAAAUGGCCAGUGGAAGGGGGCCAGUGCAGGAGGUUGUGGAAACUACAGAGAUAGCUUCAAGAACAACCCUAUAUAUCAGUUCAACUUGGAGAAAACAGGCCCUCUGCUCAUCGAACUUCGUGGCUCCAGGCAGUACAGUGUGGGCUUUGAGGUGGUGACCGUUUCUUCUGCAGGGGAUUCUGGAUCAUCAGGCUCUCAAAAGAGGGGCAGUGGAGAUUACCGAUGCGGUUUCUGUUAUAUGGAGGUUGAGAACUUUCCUGCUGGGAUUUACAAUGUGAUCCCCACUACCUUCCUGCCCAAACAGGAAGGCCCAUUCUUCCUGGACUUCAGCAGUGUCACUCCACUGCGCAUAUCUCAGCUGCAAUAACAGCUCUAGAUCAUCGGCCCACCGGAUUGUUCUGCAUAUAAGACACUGAAUGAUGCUUUAGCCAAUGGUCAUUGCUCCCAUAUUUGUCACAUUAGCGUGUGAUAGAUAGCAUACAACUGCUCAUGACAGUGCCAUGCUCAGAGGAAGUGUGUUCAAUCAGCCAAAAAUGCACUCCUCUUAGUUCUGCAGUCCAAAGUUGCAUUCAAAAACAAUGAUGUGUGUGUACACUUGACCUGAAAUGACUGUUUUUUCACUCAGGAGACUUGCAUUAAAGCAGGGAUGUAUAUUAAUGAUGUCUGAGGAUAGAUCAGAGGGAUCUGUUUCGUGCACAGAAAUCUGUCUCCAUAUUAAGGGCUCUUCCUCUGGUCUGUUUGCUGAUGUCUUGGUGGAAAGACUCAGUUGCAGGGCUGCUCUGUUUAGUGGGCAGAGAAUGAGUGCACUUUAGAUAGAUAGAUAGAUAGAUAGAUAGAUAGAUAGAUAGAUAGAUAGAUAGAUGCAUCGAUCUAAAGCAUCACUUUUUUUAUGUUUUUCCCCCAAAUGUCAACUUAAUUUGUUUAUCAGUCAUUAUCUACCAGCACAGUACUGUACGUUUACAAAACAUAACAAUGACCUGGAUGUUCUUACAUCAUAAAGGGUCAUGCAUGAUUGAAGGUGAUGUUCCGUAUUGGGUAUUGUACAAAUGCUUAAAGUUCUUCCAUCUGACAUGCUUUUUGAUUUCUGUUCAUCUGCUCUGAUGUAUUUAUUUACAGAGAUUAAAAUUAAUGUGUACAUUA